CUGCCUCCGUAAAUCUCGUGGGUAUCUGCAGCCUAGACAUGUUUCAGAGCUCGCAUGCCUGGGGAGAUGGUAUUCAGUGAUCUCAAGAUUAUUUUCUAAUUAAAGGAAGUUAGUAAUACUAAGAAUCAAACUUACUAAAAAUACAAUUUAUCGGUAAAGACUGGAGGCAAGGCACUAACUUGCCUGCCUUUCUCUAAUAAAACCAGUAUUGAAACAGUUAAAGUGGUCUUCAGUUGACGCUGUUCACCCGGGGGUAGGGAAGCCCCUUUCCAGGAAUGCAGGGUGGAGAGGAAAUCCACUGCUUUCUCCUACUUUGUCUGCUUUUUCACACCAACCCAAGCCUUUAUCAGAAGCUGAUGUAUUUAGUGACUCCCUUUCCUGACGAGAUGAGUCGGAGGCAGGAGCGGUUUUUGAAAGAGCGACUCAGAGCCCAGAGCAUCAGCAGGACCGGGAGCCCAGCCAGGCGUGGCAGAGCCCUGGGGAGGCUUUGCUGAGCACCCUGCAGGGCUCCCGGAAUUCCUCUCCCACCGAGCACCCCCAGACUCUCCUGGAGCAAAGGGACUGCCUGGGAAAGCGAGGCAGCGGCUGGCCCAUCCUAGUGCUGCUCCUUGGAGCAGAGAAGUUCAAGGUUUGUGCUAUAACAGCUAAUCACUGCCACAAUGACAUCUUCAAGCCCUGCCCAGCACCCAGCAGCUGAGAAUGCCUGCAGAAUUACACUUGGACAAGUUAACCAGGUGCGACCCAAACUGCCGCUUCUGAAGAUUCUGCAGGCUGCAGGUGCCCAAGGUGAAACCUUCACACUGAAGGAGGUGAUGCAUUACCUAGGACAGUAUAUAAUGGUGAGGCAGCUAUAUGACAAAAGACAGCAGCACAUGGUCUAUUGCGGAGGAGACCAGCUUGGAGAACUGCUGGGACUGGAGAGCUUCUCUGUAAAAGAUCCCAGCCCAGUCUAUGACAUGUUGAAACGGAACCUGACUUCUGCUGCAAUGACAGAUGCUGCACAGAAUCUCCCAAAGGAACAGAGCGUCGAUAAGCCAAGCCAAGACCAGCUGAAGUUUAGCCGGCAGGAGGGUUCUGACAGUGGCGUCAUGGAGGGUGAAAGCAAUGCUUCUGCUUUGUCUACCUCAGAGCAAAAAUGUGAGAAUUAUGAAGACAAAGACUUAAUAGAAAACCUCUCUAAAAGCAAGAAGCCUAAACUGGACCUAGUGUUUGAGGAAUGGGAUGUAGCUGGUCUUCCAUGGUGGUUUUUAGGCAACCUCAGAAGCAAUUACAAGUCCAGAAGUAAUGGAUCAACAGAUAUUCAGACUAACCAGGACAUAGACACUGCCGUUGUUUCGGAUACUACUGAUGACUUGUGGUUCCUCAAUGAAUGUCCGUCGGAUCAGAGCAGUGCUGCAGUCAAGGUGGAAACGGUUGACUGCGAGGAAGUGAAAGAAGGUGACAAAAAGGUACCUCUUCAAACAGCCGCAGUGACCGAGGAUGCAUGUUUGCAUGACUUUGAGGAUUCUCAAUGCUUAAGUGAUGAUACAGAUACAGAAGCUGCUUCUGAGGACUGCUGGCAAUGCACCAAAUGCAAGAAAUAUAACUCUCCAGGCAAACGGUACUGUUACCGCUGCUGGGCCUUACGGAAAGACUGGUACUCAGAUUGUCCCAAACUGGCUCAUUCUCUUUCUCUGUCCAACAUUGAUGCUAUGCAAAACAAAAAUGAUGAUGAAGGGAUAGAUGUCCCGGACUGCCGAAGGACUAUUUCUGCUCCAGUUGGCCAACCCAAAGACCUGUACAUGGUAGAAAACAAAUCACGUGUCGAUCCCUGCAGCUCUAUUGAGUCUUUGGAUUUGGCACAAGAAUGUGAAAGCAAGGAGUCUCUGUUGCAUUUCACUGAGCAUAAAAAGGAGGAAGAAAUACAGUCUUUAGAGAGUAUAAAAACAUUACUGAAUCCUUGCUUCUUAUGCCAUCACAGACCACGGGAUGGGAAUAUUGUCCAUGGAAGGACUGCUCACCUUGUGGCCUGUUUCAAGUGUGCAAAGAUGCUGAAGAAAAAGAGAUCGCCUUGCCCAGUGUGCAGGAAAGAGAUUGAGAUGGUGAUCAGGAUCUUUAUGGGGUAGUUGUGCCACUUCAGGCCUGCUCCACCAAAAGAUCGUACACAAGUUUUCUUGCACUCACACAAACCCUAACUUCAGAGCUCAGCCGGUGAAUACCAAAGAGAAUUAAGAUUCAAAUCUGACCAAGAACACCGAGGAAUUCUCUGCGUUAAAUGGAGCAGCAUCCACUUUCCAAUGUCCAUUUAAAUUAAAGCCCACAGGGAGUGACCGGCACGUUGGUAUCAAUGUCCUAAUUUCAGCUCAGUGCUGUCACUAGGAUUCUCUGUUUUGACAACUGUUCCUUGCAAAAAACAAGUUUUGGGGAGAGUUACAACGUUGGCUAUUGGAAUGUUGUUCUCCAGUAAGUCAAACCCUGUGCAAUGCCUUCUAAGGGGGGAGUCUGCAUCUGAGAGAGAUAUAUAUGCAGGGGUGGGGAAGGGGGGGAGGGAGGGAAGGGUAGACCAAGAUGUUUGCAAUUUAGAUAAGCCAUUUCUCCAAGGAUCAGUUAUCCUGAGGGCAGUGAGAAGUAAAUAACCUGGUUUCUGAAUUUUUUUUUUUUGUUUAAUGUAGCUUUGUUAGAUAAGGUGAAGGUCCUUUUGCUCCCAGACUUGAAAUAAUUCCUCCCAAACUUGUAAUCCAUAGCUCUCUCAGGUCACGUAUCAGAUGGCAAAAGAAUACUUUGCUUUGUUAUGGGAUCUUUUAAUGGCUACUUAAAUUUCUAUUGAUUCUUUUUUUCAUAUAAACACAUCUUUGUGUCAUCCUGGAUAGCUUUGAUGAAGACUGUCCCCUGUUAGCUCAGAAUCUGCUCUGCCAGCUGGAGUAAAUGAUCACAGCUCUCUGCAUGUUUUGGGAUGUUCUCAUCGCCCUGUGCCUACAGCACCAUCGCAAGUUCUGCCUUGUCUCAUCAGGCCAGUCUAGGUAGAAGAUGCUCACUUUAGAGUGCAAUGUGGCUUUAAAGAGGGGAUACGGGCCUUUGAGGGAAAAAAAGUAAUUCCUGUAAAGCACCAAUUGCAGCUGGUUCGUCUACGGGCUGCGCUUGGUGUUAGUAUUUUUAAUUUUCUCCUCUUGAUUUCCUUUCCCUGUGACUUAACGCUUCAGAUCUGUUUGCAGCAUUUACAUCGUCCUCCAAAGCUAUGUGUGGUUGCUCUACUGGCUGUUAAAACUCAGCUGGAACUUGCAAUUUAAAAACGUCUGACCCUUUUCUGAGCUCGUACCCUAGAGUGUGCUCAGAUCUUCCUCAGCCUUCCUCUUCUCCGGGGCUUCGGAGGGGCUGCGUUCACGCAGCAGUAGCAAUAGCGCCUUCACCUUUCAGGUGUGCAGGCAUUUGAAUACAGUGCAGUGUGUAGAAUAAACCCUGUUCUGUCAUCUUCUCUCUAAUUCCCUCUCUGAAAACAAGGGAAAAAAAAAAUAAGACAGUGCUUGUACCUUGGUGCUUUUCUAGGCUGUUCCCCUAUUGUUUUCUACACUCCUUGUGCUGGUCCAGCCCUCGUGGGUCAGGCGUGCAGCAAAAGGUCCCAGAACCUGGUCCCAGCAAACCACGAUGUCACUGUCAUUUCUCUGCAAAGAUACCAGAGUAGGUGCUAUAUGCAAUCACUGCCUUACCACUGUCAAAAGUCAGGUCUGCUUUGUAUUUUGUGUAGUCUUGUGAUUAUUUUGAUGUUGGCUGUAAUUUAGACUGUUAUUGUUGGCUGUUAUUUACAGUUGCAUUUUAAGAAUCAGGAGGAGAAGGGUCUGCUGUUUUGGUGCACUAUCCAUAAGUCCAUGGGAAUCAACCCAUAUGGAAAAGCUGACUUAUUGCUCCCUUAAGCUAAAGGGCUGUUAAAUUGCUGGUGAUGCACUUUAAUCAUGCCAAGAUCAGCAGCGCUACGGCCUGGAAUACAGAAGGGAGUUCCUGCCAGGUAGCUUCCUCCCUUUUCAGGUAGUUUCCUCCCUUUUCAGGGGCUCAGUGGGGUGUGUUGUGGCACUUUUGAAUACUGUGAAUUCCCCCUCGCCCCGAUUGCUUCCAAGAACAAAAUGUUUUGCUACAAGCGGUUUUACUGAAUUGUUCAGAUCUGGCCACACUGAGCAGCACGGAAUUUGUGUUGACAAAAAAA